CACAUAGUUUACCUUCGUUACAGCAGCGAGGUUUGACAGUGUCCAUUGCAUCUUCUCACGACAGAAGUAAAGAUGCCUGUUGUUUUGCGAGCGAAAUGUAUUGUUGUCGGUGAUGCUGCUGUAGGCAAAAGUGCAGUGUGUCAGGUUUUUCACAGUGACAGUUCACAUUUCCCUAAGACAUACACCAUGACAUGUGGAGUGGAACUUCUUGUGAAAACAGUCAACAUACCUGAUAGCAAAGAUUCAGUUGAGGUCUGCAUGUAUGAUUCUGCUGGAAAGGAAAUAUUUUCAGAGUUGGUACAAAAGUUUUGGGAUCAUCCGUCAAUGGUGAUAGUUGUGUACGAUGUUACAAAUGAGACUUCAUUUUCAAGCUGUCAAAAAUGGCUUGAACGAGUACGGUGUCAAAAGCCGGAGCUCCAGCCUGUAGGAGUUUUACUCGCCAACAAGAUAGACUUGGACCAGAGGAGAGUGAUAAGCCCCAAAGCAGGAAAAGAACUGGCAGAUUCCAAUGGCUUGGAAUAUUUUGAAUGCUCAGCAAAAGAGAUGGAGAAUGUGGAUUCAGCUUUUUACUAUCUGGCCAAUGAGUACUACAAGCUGUAUCAGGAAACAGUCAACCAGAUGCAGUCUUUGGGAUGAACUGUUGUUUGUGUUCAUAAACUGAUAUCACCAUGUUUCAAAGCCGUCCAAACAACUACAAACAUGUACAUGGACUUCGCAUAAAAGGCCUUGCUUCAAUCAUCUCAAUAUGUUGUGAUUCCUUCUAACCUUUCUAUCACACAGACCUUCAUGACCAUUCAUGGCAAUGUCUCUCCUGAAAAGUUGUGAACUUCAUUGUUAAUAAAAACAUAGAAACAUGAACUCUGUCAACACAUAAGGUGAGAUAAAAUUGAAUGUAUGUUUAUUUAUUAUGAAUAAAUAUUUUAUUGGUAGUAAACAUAUUAAGAUGGUACACA